UACUUUUCUCUACACCAUGUUGAGAGUUCUUACCUGUCUCUCAUAUGGAUUCCUUUGGGUGUUAGUGACUGAGUGUGAGUGCGUGUAUACUUGCACAGCUGGUGUCUGUGUGACUGCACACUUGUUUGUGGGAGGGGUGUGUUGUAUACAUACAUACAAUGUGUGUGCCUUGAAGUGCAGAAACUGAGUGGCCAGAAAACACAUACUAGUAUAUCAACUGCUACAUUUCCUGCUUGCCUGUUUGUCCCGGAAUUUAGAUUUCCUUUGCUCUCUGGCACAGUGAAGACAAACAAAGUGGGUCUGUUCAUAUGACAGAGUGUUAAAGUUCAGAACACGUUAUAUGACAGAGGGUUAAAGUUCAGGACACGUUAUAUGACAGAGGGUUAAAGUUCAGGACACGUUAUAUGACAGAGGGUUAAAGUUCCGUACAUGUUAUAUGACAGAGGGCUAAAGUUCAGGAUGUAAACAUUGUUGUCAGUGUAUGGUGACACCAUGAUGGAUUUAUACAAUAUGAGCUCUGAGAGCCACUUUAUAUAUUUAUGAUAGAGCAUUUGAGAAACACCAUUCUCUAUGAAAAUAGCUUUAUACUAUUCACAGUUGGUUUCCAUAGCAUGUGCCAUGUAAAAAAAUACAUUAGGAGAAGCCACUUAUAGAUUAGAGCACAGGUGGCCAAGCAUUCUGGAGAGCUUGGUUAUGUAGGCUUUUGCUCUAGCCUUGAUUCAGCUAAUCAAUGUCCUGGUGAGCAGCUGAUGAGUAGAAUAAUUGAUGAUAGAUUGGGAUUAGAUUGAGGGGAAGUGAGAAUAACAUGGAGAAAGACAAAGACGGACAGAGAAAGACAGAGAAAACCGAGUAUGACAGAGAUAGAGACAGAAACCUGAAGAUGAUUCCCCUGCUCUUACAAUGACCCAGUGACACAAAAAACAGUGAUAUGAUAUCUGAGUCAAAUUCUUCAACUGUGGAUAAGUAACAUACAAUGAAUAGAAGCUAUGAGGUCAGGCCUUAGUGUCCUGCAUUGAAUAGUUUUACAAUGGUUGUUACCUAAAUGCAACAUUAAUUGAAUUCAUUUUUUUAACCUUUAUUCAACUAGGCAAGUAAGUUAAGAACAAAUUCUUAUUUUCAAUGACUCGCCUAGGAAUAGUGGGUUGACUGCCUGUUCAGGUGUAGAACGACAGAUUUGUACCAGAUUUGUACCUCGAACUUGCAACCUUUUGGGUACUUGUCCAACAUUCUAACCACUAGGCUACCCUGCCGCCCCAAAUGGAUUCAUGUAAACAUUACAGUUUUGAAAACAAAGUUUGUCCAAAAAAAGCUGUCUCCUGGCACAAUUUACCACAGGUAUGGGGUAAGUUGAGUUGUGUGUAACGAUCUCCUUCAUCUGAGGAACAGGAAAGAUCGGACCAAAACGCAGCGUGGUAAGUGUCCAUGUUAAUUCAAUAAAACUGAACAUGAAAUUCAAAAUCACAAAGUGAAACAACGAAAAUCGAAACAGUCCUGAAAGGUGACACAACACAAAACAGGAAUAAAAAACUACCCACAAACACCAGGUGGGAACAGGCUACCUAAGUAUGGUUCUCAAUCAGAGACAACGAUAGAUAGCUGCCUCUGAUUGGGAACCAUACCAGGCCAAACACAUAGAAAACAUAGAAAAACAACAUGGAAUGACCACCCCAACUCACGCCCCGACCAACCAAAAUAGAGACAUAAAAAAGGAACUACGGUCAGGGCGUGACACCGUGGGACAGGUUAAGUGAAACCACCUACACAUUUCUGUACUGAAUGAAAUAUAACCACUAACUUUAAGACCAUAUUUAUCUUUAUUUGCCAAACACAAUUCCACAUAAUCACUUUUUUGUCUUUUAAUAAUUUUAAGUAUCUUUUAACACAAGCUUAAUACCUAACAAACGAUUAUAACACGUUUAAUUAACACUCAUUGUUACCUCAUAUCCCAGUGAUAAUGCUUUGGAUACGUAUAGGAACUAAACACUUAAAUUUGGUCAACUUGCCAAUGGCUCAACUUACCUCAUGGUCAUUUCAUGCUAGGUUUUCGGACCUCAUAUUGAAGCUUAUAGAGACCCCAAUGGAUGAAUUGAAUAAUCUUAAAAUGAUCUACUUUUGCUUCGAUAAGCGUCAUGAAACCUUUAACACCAAACAUUUAUUUUACUUGUUAAAAAUACAUUUUUUGAACUAACUUUUUCCAUGUGGUUUCUUCCUUCACAGAGUCCAUGAAAUGAUGACCUCUUCCUAAAAACUUGGUCAAAUGAUUCAUUUUGUGUAUGCUUUCCUAGAAACACUGGUGGCUCAACUUAACCCUUGCCUCAAUAUACCCCACUCUCCUCUACCCAUUGUUUCAAAUAACACCGCUGACCCUCACUAGCCUGCGAAAACUGUGAAGCCUCAGUUCAUACAGUAAACCUGGACCAAGGAGCCCAUGAGGAAUCACUUAACCACCCCUGGGGACAUCGGAACCAGAAGAAAUGGAGCCAGUCUCUCUCCCACCGCAGUCCCGUGUCGCCCUCUGUGGUGGCACCCAUGGCAAUGAGAUGUCGGGCGUGUAUCUGGUGAGGGAGCUGCAGAAGUUGGAGAAGGUAGGGUCGGCGACCUUGACCACAGUCAUAUCCAACCCGCGUGCCGUCCAAAUGUGCAAACGCUACACCGACGUGGACCUCAAUCGUUGUUUCACCGACGCCAUACUCAGUUCACCUGUGACGGACACCACUCCGUACGAGGUGAGGCGAGCCCAGGAGCUGAACACUCUACUAGGGCCCAAGGGCAGCGCGGGGGCCAUGGACCUGGUGUGUGAUCUCCACAACACCACAGCCAACAUGGGCCUCAGUCUCAUCUCCUACUCUGCCCAAGACUGGGUCAUCCUGCACAUCUAUAGACAAAUCAAGAGGAAGAUCACCUCAGUGCCAGUGAGGUUUAUCCUGCUGGAUCUACCGCUAGCUGAUGUCUACUCUCAGGACUCCCUGGGCAAGCAUGGCUUCUCGAUAGAGGUGGGACCUCAACCCCAUGGUGUGGUCAGAGCCGACAUCUUCAACAUCAUGAAGGAGGCAGUCGACCAGACACUAGAUUGGGUCCAGUGCUUCAACUCAGGAAGUGCCUUUGAAGGUGGGGAGGUGGACGAUGUGUACACCUUCGUGAAGAGUAUCGACUACCCAAGAGACCCAGAGACCAAUCAAAUCACUGCUGCCAUACAUCCCCAACUACAGGACCGUGACUUCUGCCUCCUCCAUCCGGGAGAUCCCAUGUUCCUGAUGUUUUCCGGGGAGAUGGUGAAGUACGAAGGGGUAGAAGUCCUACAUCCCUACUUUGUGAACGAGUGUGCAUACUAUGAGAAGAGCAUUGCAUUCCACCUGGCACGAAAGAUGACACUCACUAUCCCCCCCUUGCGAGUGAAGAGAGAUUGAUGAAGGUAGAGGGGGAGGAAAAGAGAGACAAUUUGAAGAGCAGGAAAAUUAAAGGACAAACACACACAGAGCCUUAAUCUUAAGAAGCACUUACUAGUCUAACCUCAUUUUCAAUUGAUUUUUAAUUCUAUUGUUUUUAGUCAUCACCAAAUAUCCUCAGGAAUACUGUAUGUGAAAGGAUGCACUUUUUAAUGCAAUAAUCUAGUAUUUCAAUUAAACAUGUACAUUUUCUGUUUAA